CGCGCGUGCGCCAGCGUCUCAUUCAAACGGGCCAAUCAGCGGUCGCGUCGCCCUUCACGUCCUCUUCCACUCUGCUUCCCCUUCUCCGCCACUCCAUCCUCCCGGAUCCCCUCCCCGACCACCGCGCACCCGCAUUGGCCGGCCCGCCGAGCGCCCCCUCCCCAACUUCGGCCCGCAGCUUGCUGGAAGGGAGCGAGCCCGUCGAACGCCGAGGGCCGUGCGCGCUGACGUCACGGGUCGAGGCACGGCGAGAGGGGGCCGCGAGGGGGCGCGGCCUGUGGGCGGAUAUAAAAGAGCGGCGGUGCGCGCGCGGCCGGCUUAGUGCGGCCGGGCACCGGGGGUGGGCGGAGUUGUGGGCGCGCUUCGCGGCGGGCGUUGGAGGCAGCGGGGAGCAGAGCGGGGCCACCGGGGCCUCGCUAGGGCCGCAGCGGCAGCAGUUGGGCCCCCCGCCCCGGCCGGCGGCCGGAGAGCGCAGGAAGGGGGCCGGGGGGACCCGCCCCCGGCCGGCAGCAGUCAUGAACUCCAACGUGGAGAACCUGCCCCCCCAUAUCAUCCGCCUGGUGUACAAGGAGGUGACGACACUGACAGCUGACCCACCUGACGGUAUCAAGGUCUUUCCCAAUGAGGAGGACCUCACUGACCUGCAGGUCACCAUCGAGGGCCCUGAGGGGACCCCAUACGCCGGAGGCCUCUUCCGCAUGAAACUCCUGCUGGGGAAGGACUUUCCUGCCUCCCCGCCCAAGGGCUACUUCCUGACCAAGAUCUUCCACCCAAACGUGGGCGCCAAUGGUGAGAUCUGCGUCAACGUGCUCAAGAGGGACUGGACGGCUGAGCUGGGCAUCCGGCACGUGCUGCUGACCAUCAAGUGCCUGCUGAUCCACCCGAACCCCGAGUCUGCCCUCAACGAGGAGGCGGGCCGCCUGCUCCUGGAGAACUACGAGGAGUACGCCGCCCGCGCGCGCCUGCUCACCGAGAUCCACGGGGGCGCAGGCGGGCCCAGCGGCGGCAGGGCCGAGGCCGGCGGGGCUGUGGCCUCCUCCGCUGACCCCGUGGCCCCCGGGGGCCCAGGAGGGGCCGAGGGGCCCAUGGCCAAGAAGCACGCGGGCGAGCGUGAUAAGAAGCUGGCAGCCAAGAAGAAGACGGACAAGAAGCGGGCGCUGCGGCGGCUGUAGCGGGCUCGCCUCCCUCCCUCUCCCACCGCCACCCGCCUGCCCCCAACUCUGUCUCUAAGUUAUUUAAGUUAUGGCUGGGGUGGGGGAGGGCACGGGGGCACUCGGACCUGGAUUUGUUUUUCUAAAUAAAGUUGGAAAAGCAGCUGCUGUUGCCUCCA